AUGACUGAGAAAUCACCAAAAGAUAUUGAGAAUUUUGCAUUUGAAUUCGGAAAGCAUUGCCAAGAAUUUAACAAGCAUGAAUACUACAAGAAAUUCAUCGAAGAACUCUUAAAAGAUCUAACAAAAGAUUUUUCGAGAGAACAAUACCAAGAACUUCAACAAUAUGUUGAAAAAAUAGUUGCUGCUCGUGCUAGAGAGGAGAAAAAUGGAGAAACAAACUCUGCAUUUUCUAAUAAAAAUGGUCCUUCUGAAAAUGAAAACAAUUCAGAAUCUGGACCAGACGCAGAUAUGGACUUCAUGUAA